AUGGCUUCUUCUUCCUCUAUGUCUGCAUCUUCCACCAAAAAGAGCAAAGGUCGCCAAAAGGUGAAGAUGCAGCGCAUGGAGAAUGAUAGCAACCGUCAAGUUACUUUUUCAAAAAGACGUUGUGGACUUUUUAAAAAAGCCAGCGAACUUUGCACCUUAUGUGGUGCAGAAGCCGCAAUUAUUGUUUUCUCACCAGGUCGAAAACCCUUUUCUUUCGGUCAUCCAUCCGUAGAUACAAUCAUAAAACGUUUCCUACUUUCAACAUCUUUAGACCCUAAAGAACCAGAGCCCGAAAACCCCAAACCUCAAGGAGUCAUUGAGGUUAUAGAUCUCAAUGCAGAUCUCACAAUCCUAAAUAUGGAGUUCGAAAACGAGAAAAGGAAAAGCAAAAGCAUCAAUGAAGUUAAGAAGGCGAAUUCGACGCAAAAUUGGUGGGACCGUGAACUUGAAGAGUUUAGUAUCGGAGAAUUGAUUCGUCUUAAAACUUCAUUGGAGGAACUUAGUAAACAUGUUAUAGAACAUAGUAAAAAAGUUAUGAUUUUUAACUCUUCAAUUCAUGUUACUCAAUUUCCUUACAUGGCUGCUCAUUAUCCUCCAAUGAUGGGAUGCUAUGAUGCUGCUUAUUUUACUCCUAAUGUUGGGUUUAUGGGAUGUCGCGAUGGUCAUUACUAA